UGUCGCUUGACGAGUUUACCGAUCAGUGAAAGUCACUAUGGUUUUGUGAUAUUCAUCCAACCCUCUCCCCUGUCAGGUCAAGUAGUAGUACAUUCCUUUUUUUGGUCUUUUACAACACAUUGCACGGAUUCCUGCGACUAUGGCGCCUAGCCUAGCCGAGCUGAUAGCUAUUGAGCCCCUUGGACCGGGAAAGUAUCAGUCCAAACAUUUUCCACCUCAUGGUGGAAACUCGGCCCCAAUUGCCUAUGGUGGAUUUACCAUUGCAGUCGCCUUGCAGGCCGCAAUGGCCUCAGUUCCAGCGACCUUCCACCUAUACUCUGUUAUGGGAAAUUAUCUAGCCCCCGUGAGCACAAAGCGCCGGAUUAUCUGCACGGUGCAGGAAACGCGGUCAACGCGAACGUUCAUGACACGCCGAGUCCAGGUAUCGCAGGAACAAGACAACGGCAAGCCCACGUAUAUCUGUUUGGAUAUGCUCGCGGACUUUCAAAUUGCAGAGCCUGCGUUGAUCACCUACUCUACUCCACCUCAGAGGGAAUAUACGCACUGGAAGGAUUGCGUCACCGUGGAGACGCACCGACAGCAGAUGCUGGCUGCAGGAGAGAUCACUCCUGCACAAGAUAAGAUAUACGAGGCAAUUUUCGGUGGUCUGCACACCUUCCAGUACGAAGUGCGUGCCUGUCCAGAGAGUAUGACAACUCAAACCCUGGUAGGUGUGAACAAGCAUCGCCCUACUACUCAGGAUCGUCUGUCCUUGGUGGAUCGCAGUUCUGGUGACUGGUUCCGCGCAAUUGGCGACUUUAAAACUCCAGCCGACCACCUUGCUGCCCUAACUUUUAUCAUGGACGGCCUGUUGUCAUUUUUGCCUCUCGUCCAUAGCCGCCACUUCUUUGACGAAGUCGACGCCUGUUCUAGUCUGGACUUUGCGUUCCGCAUCUUCAACCCUAACGUCAAUCUCAAUAAUUGGCAUCUACGUGAAUGCAUCACGCAUGCUGGUGGUUUUGGCCGGACAUACACGGAGGGCCGGGUUUGGGAUGAGGCUGGCACACUGAUAGGCUCCAUGACACAGCAGUGUAUUCUGCGCCCGAAAGCGAAGAAACAGAAACAUAAUUUGUAAUUUUAGAUAUAGAUAUAGAUAUAGAUAUAGCUAUAGAUCCUGUUUGUCCAUUUCUUCUUGUCCCUCUACGUCUCAAAUGUUAUGUUGAUAUUGGCGCUAGGACAACAAAUGUAGAAACAUAAACUGCUUUGACUGCACUUUGUAAUUUGGAAAAUUAGGCUAGAUAUUUAGUUAUUUCCAAUACCC